AUGCCGCGGAAAACAGAUGUCAGCCAGCUGGAGGAUGUCGGAAUAGACAUAGACACGGAGCUGAGCAACAGCGACGAGGAAGCCCCAAAGAGAGCAAAGAAAGGAGGAAGAGGAGGAGGAAGAGGGGGCAGAGGUCGCGGUAAAAAGGCGGCCAGCGAGGAAGAGGAGGACGAAGAUGAGGUGCCGGCACCGCGGGGUCGAAGGGGCGGGAACCGGAAAGCGGCACGCAAGGGAAAAGAUGGCGACGAUGAGGAUGCCGACGAUGACGAUGACGAAGACGGCAAGGGCCCUAAGAAGCAGAGCGAGGAGGAGGAAGACAAGAAGGGAGCCAAAGGGAAGAAAAAAGGUGGGAAGAAAGGGAAGGACGAUGAAGAGGAUGAGGAGGAAGGAGGCAAGGGUGAUAAAGGAGCCACGGGCAAGAAGGGAGCCAAGGGGAAGGGGAAGGCUAAAGAGGACGACAAGAAGAAGAAGAAGAAGGGAGGAGGUAGCAGCUCAUCCAACUCUGACGAGGAAGACUCCAUGUCGGAGGGUGAGAUGGCCAAGCUGAUGGAGGAGGUGGAGGAGAAGAAGAAGCUCAUCGCCACCAUCAGGAACAAGCCCUGGCGGAUGCGGAGGAGGCUCACCCAUCUCAGGGAGUCUCAGCAGUUUGUUGAUAAGUUUGAAGGCGCUCUAGGCAAAGGGAAAGGCAGGAAGUGGUAUGCUUACAAAGUGAUGAUGAAAAAGAAAUGGAUCAAGUUCCAAAGAGAUUUCGAGAACUUCAGAACAGCGUGUAUACCGUGGGAACGAAAGAUUAAAGAAGUGGAAAGUCAUUUUGGCUCAUCGGUGGCUUCCUACUUCAUCUUUCUGCGGUGGAUGUACGGCAUGAACCUCGUGCUGUUUGGCUUCACCUUUGGCUUGGUCGUAAUCCCAGAGGUUUUGAUGGGCCUUCCGUAUGGGUCUAUCCCCAGGAAGACGGUGCCCAGGGCAGAAGCGGACAGUGCCCAGGACUACUCUGUCCUCAUGGACUUCAACGGCUAUUGCAAGUAUUCCGUGCUUUUCUACGGUUUCUACAACAACCAGAGGACUAUUGGGUUGCUCCAGUUCCGUCUUCCCCUGUCGUACCUCAUGGUCGGCAUCGGCACCUUCGGCUACAGCCUCAUGGUCGUGAUUCGAACGAUGGCUAAGAAUGCAGAUGUAGGAGGGGGCGAUGGGGAGGACGGGGAGUUCACCUUCGCCUGGAAGAUGUUCACCAGCUGGGAUUACCUCAUCGGCAACGCGGAGACGGCUGACAACAAGUACGCCUCCAUCACCACCAGCUUUAAGGAGUCCAUCGUGGACGAGCAGGAGAACCAGAAGGAUGAGAACAUCCACCUGCGGCGGUUUCUGAGGGUCCUGGCCAACUUCAUGAUCAUCUGCAGCCUUGGGGGGAGUGGCUACCUCAUCUACUUCGUGGUGAAGAGGUCUCAGGAGUUUGCCAGCAGGGAUGACCUCAGUUGGUACGAGAAAAACGAGCUGGAGAUCAUCAUGUCUCUGCUGGGCCUGGUGUGUCCUCCUCUGUUUGAGACCAUCGCUGAGCUGGAGGAGUACCACCCCCGUAUCGCCCUCAAGUGGCAGCUGGGGAGAAUCUUCGCCCUUUUCCUGGGGAAUCUGUACACCUUUCUGUUCGCCCUGUUCGAUGAGGUCAACACCAAGUUGGAGCUGGAGGGCUCCAUCAGGAACGCGUCUCUCUGGAACAUGAAGGAGUACUACGCCAACUUCACCCUCAACUCCAACGACACCGAGGCCACGCCCCCGCCCAUGCACCCCUCUGACAUCAUCAGAGGACCCUGCUGGGAGACGGGCGUGGGCAUAGAGUUUGUGAAGCUGACGGUCUCUGACAUCCAGGUCACCUACCUGACCAUCCUGAUCGGGGACUUUGCCCGAGCGGUCAUCGUCCGUUUCCUCAACUACUGCUGGUGCUGGGACCUGGAGGCCGGCUUUCCCUCCUAUGGGGAAUUUGACAUCAGUGGCAACGUGUUGGGCCUGGUCUUCAACCAAGGCAUGAUUUGGAUGGGGGCGUUCUACGCCCCGGGGCUGGUGGGGAUCAACGUGCUGCGGCUGCUCUCCUCCAUGUACUACCAGUGCUGGGCGGUGAUGGCCACCAACGUGCCCCACGAGAGGGUCUUCAAGGCCUCCAAGUCCAACAACUUCUACAUGGGCCUGCUGCUGCUCAUCCUCUUCCUCAGCCUGCUGCCCGUGGUCUACACCAUCAUGACCCUGCCGCCCUCCUUCGACUGCGGGCCCUUCAGUGGGAAGGCCAAGAUGUUUGACGUGAUCAUGGAGACCAUCGACCUGGACCUGCCCGCCUUCCUCGGGACGCUGUUCAGCUACGCGGCCAACCCAGGGCUGAUCAUCCCCGCCGUGCUGCUCAUGGUACUGGCCAUCUACUAUCUGAAUUCGGUGUCGGAGGCCUAUCAAGGGGCCAACAUGGAACUGAAGAAGAAGAUGCAGAUGGCCCGGGACGAGGAGAAGAACCGUAGGAACAACACGGAGAGCACCGACCAGGUGCAGAAGGACCUGGAGGACCUGCUGCCCAACCGCUCGCUGGCGCCGGAGCCCGAGAAGGAGGAGCCGCCCCCCAAGCCCACUAAGGUGAAGCCGGGGGCCGCCGGCAAGAAGGACCUGCAGAAGGACGUGACCCUGGCCUCGCCCAACCCCAACGUACGGGGGCCUGUGAACCGCCCGCCCGGCCCCAGGGGACCCGGACCGAUGCCUGGCCACCCGGGGGGGCCUGGCCCGGGGGGGAGAGGCCAAGGGAGGCCAGGGCCCCCUCCACGAUAAGGAGGAGAAGAGUGUGGAGAGAUCUCCC